UUUAGUAGGAACUUUAAAAUGGAAGAUGGCACCGUCGUCCGGAUGCGAAAAUCCUCAAUAAAUAACGUGUGUAUUGAAAACUGCGACACCGCAAAGCGCCGUGAAAGCGGCGACUCGGAGCUGGAGAAGAAAUAUCACCAAGGCGCGUGCAUGUUAAGCGAACGAGGCGCGUGCGCGCUCGUGCUCGUGCUCAUAUGCGCGCUCUGGGUUUGCGCGUAUGUGUGUAUGAAGCAGCCCAUUAUAAGAAAGUCCACCGGCGAGUUCGACGCCACCAGGGCAAGGAAGUACCUGGAGAGCAUCACCAGCGUGGGGCCUCGACCCGUAGGCAGUGCUGAGAAUGAAAUCAUGACGGUGAACUUCCUGUUGGAGCAGUUGGAGAGGGUGCGAAGCGAAAGUGUAGAUGGGCCCAACACCAUCACAGUGGAGACGCGCAAACACAGCGGCUCAUUUACCGAUGAAUUCCCGGCCGAUUUCACCAGCUGCUAUGAUCAGAUCACUAACAUUGUGGUCCGGCUCGAACCCAGAGAUGGAGCUGAACACUUCGUACUGGCUAACUGCCAUUUUGACAGUGUGCCCGGUAGUCCAGGAGCAAGUGAUGAUGCCGUAAGCUGUGCCGUGAUGCUGGAAGUGUUGCACUCAAUAUCUGAUCUUUCUAUUCCAUUAAAUCACGGUGUCAUCUUUUUGUUUAAUGGUGCUGAGGAGGCCCACCUUCUGGCAAGUCAUGGCUUUGUCACUCAACAUGAGCUGGUGAAGAAGAUCAGAGCAUUUGUGAAUUUGGAGGCUUGUGGCGUCGGAGGAAAGGAACUGGUUUUUCAGACAGGUCCAGAAAACCCGUGGUUGAUUCAAGCGUACGCUGAUGCUGUUAAACACCCUUUUGCCUCAGUCAUGGGGCAGGAAAUUUUCCAGAGCGGCGUUAUUCCCUCAUAUACUGACUUCCACAUCUUCACAACCCUUAGCAACAUUCCUGGUAUUGAUCUGGCCUUUAUUGAAAAUGGUUAUCUCUACCACACCAAGUACGACACUCCAGAUCGCAUUCUCACGGACUCCAUUCAGAGAGCAGGUGACAAUGUGCUGGCCCUACUGAAGCAUCUGGUCACCAUGGAAACACUGGCUGACCCAUCAGAAUAUCGCAAUGGUAGCAUGGUGUUUUUCGAUGUCUUGGGUCUCACGAUGGUGGUUUAUCCAGCACGAUUUGGUUCCGUCAUCAACUACGCGGUUGCUGUUGCAAGCCUUAUCUAUCUCGCUAAGAAAUAUCUAUGGCCUAAAGAAGUGUGUGGACGGUACAGGCAGCAGCUGUUCCACGGCUUGCGUGUGUUCGUGCUCAGCUGGGUCAUGGCAGUGCUCGCAGUCCUGGGUUUGGCGUGGGUGGUCACAAGGAUGGGACGCUCCAUGUUCUGGUUUACUCACUUUUACGCCUCCAUCGGCUUGUAUGGAUCUGUUGCAGCUGGAACGAUUAUUCUGAUCCACACACUCGCCAGAAUGCACUACUACAGAGUGAGACAUAUGUUUAAUAAGCAGAGGUUGAAGUUGAGCGACCUGUUCUUCGACGUCAGUCUGCUAUUGUGGUGUUUCAUCCUUAUUGUUCUCACUCUGUGUGGUCUGUGCUCGGCGUAUAUUCCCAUGCUCAUGGUGUUUUUCCCUUUCGCCACCAAGCUGCUGCUCCACAGACACUUUGCACAGAAAGGUGCGUCAAAGAUCUACAUCCUCUUCUACCUGUUGGGGUUGUCUCUCCCCUGCGUUCACCUGCUGCACCUCAUUUGGAUUGUGUUUGAGGUUUUUACCCCCAUUAUGGGACGCUUUGGCAGUGAUAUCCCCCCUGACAGGGUGAUUGCAGCACUGAUUGCUAUAACAACUGCAUUACUUUCCUCUUAUUUGAUUCAUCUCCUGUACCUGGCAAGCACCACUAAGCAUGCAUUAGCUGCUUUAUGUGCAGUUUUUGUCGUGAUGUUUGUGCUAGUUUCCUGCGGAGUUUUUUUCCCGUAUUCAAGUAAUCCAGCCAGUCCACGACCUAAAAGAGUCGAAGUGCAGCACUUCACACGCACUUGUCACGCUUUGAAUGGCUCUUUGGAGAAAACAGACUCUGGUUAUUGGAUCAAAAGCUUUGAUUAUACGGGAAUGAGCCACAUCGCCCCUCACAUACCCGAGAUUACCAAUAACACCCGCAGUGAUGAGUUACCCUUCUGUGAUUUCAACGGGCUCUUUCCCAGCACAUCCGAGCAGAACUCUUAUCUCCCUGCUCCUGCAGUGUCUCCUAAAUCUCCCCUGGAGUUUAAACUGGUGUCCAAAAAAUUAUCAGAAGACGGGGCAGUAAAGUUGAGCUUUGAAGCUAAAGGUCCAAGCAGCAUAGACAUGAAUAUCAUGCCCCACCCGGGAUUUUCACUUACAGGCUGCUCGUUUGCAAACAGGACAACUUAUAAAAUAAAAUAUACUCAUGGUGUGGAUGCAGGACCAUGGACCUUCUGGAUUGAGGUUAAGCCACCUUCAGAAUAUUUGGAAGACAACGGCAUGGUCUCCAUCGCCAUUUCAGCCCACUAUUUAUUUGGAGAAGAUCAGCAGACUCCUGACCUCAGUUUGUUUUUGCAGAAAUUUCCAAAUUGGGCUUUUGUGACAUCACAGGUCAGUACUUACCAUGUGUACAAGUACUGAGAGCUGAAUUUGUAAGAUUGCAAAAUAAUAAAGAUGGUAUUUUAACCAUUUACUCUGUUUUUGAACAGCAGUUUAGUAAGGUCAAUAUUUUUGCAUUGACUUUUAAAUGCUUAAAUUACAUUUUCAUUUGAAAUAUACAACCUCAAUAGAUUGCAGUGCCAACAAUUUUAAUCAUUAUGCUGUAUGAUUUUUUUUUUCAUCUUCAGUUCAAGAACUGCAGUAAUUUCGAUUGUAUUCAAUAAUUUCUAUUGUAACAAGUUUUUGUUCAGUUCAUGUAAAUCAACAUGCUAUUUUACUUUAAGGUAUUUUGGGUUAUACUUUCAUGCACCAGAACAACACUCUGCUUUUUUUUUCUUAUUCUCGCCAAGUGAAGAGAAAUAAUAUUUGUAUUACCUGGUUGAAAUUAACAUUCAUUUAUAGCUGUCUGAAAGCACCAAACAACAUGGCAUAUUUAUAUUAAUAAGAAUACUACAGCUAACAAUCUGCAUUAAGAAAGAAUUGCACAACAGUGCAUAGUCCCACUUUAUAUUUAGUAUAUUUUUUCUCUUCCUUUUUGUCUCCCCUUCUGUCAUAUUAAUAAUAUUUUUUUCUGUUUCUCAUUUUUAGUAUUAUUUUCAUUAUUACUUUUGUUUUCCUUUCUUUUCAGUAGUUUUUAUCACUAGUGUCACUUUAUUGUUGUCUCCACAGUUAAAACUGUGUAGGUGUGUGUAGAUUUUAAAAAAAUCAGUUUAUUUUUGUCAUUUUGUAAUUUUGCGACUUGUUUCUGUGCUUUGGUAAUAUACAUUUUUAUACUUGUUAUCUCAAUAAAGCACCCUUUGCCUUUGAA